AUGCGCUUCUCAGCUGUCCUCGCCUCAGCGGCCACCGCCUCUGCCGCUGUCAUUGGCCGACAGACCAACUCAUCUGCUGGAACUGCUGCGAAGCUCCUGGUUGGCAGUUCCAAUCGCAUCUCCAUUGUCAGCUACGACGGCAAGGAGUUCAAGGUCGUCGACAACUACACUGACACUGGCGUUGCCAGCUGGAUGGCUUUCAAGGAGCCUAACCUCAUCUACGCUGUCGAUGAGAACAGUGCCGACCUUCGUCUGUUCACCUAUGACGCCGCCUCGGACAAGCUGCAGUUUGUCACCAACAACACUGGCUCCAGAGGUGUCGUCUCCCUUGCCUUCACUGCUGACCAGAAGCGCCUCGUCGGCGCCUCCUACGGCCAGGGCUCCAUCGACAUCUGGGACAUCUCUUCGGGCACCGAUCUGAAGCUCCUCAAGCAGCUCAACUCUACUGAUCCCGUCGGUCCCAACACGCAGCGCCAGGAUCAGAACCGUGCCCACCAGGCCAUUCUCGACCCCUCCGGUCGCUUCUUCGCCGUCAACGACCUCGGUAGCGACCGCGUCCUGAUCAUUGACUCCAAGGACGAUGCCUUCGUCAUCUCCAACAGCAACAGUGUCCCCGCCGGCUGCGGCCCCCGUCACGGCUCCUGGUACCCCACCAAGGCCGAGCAGGCAACCCACUACAUGGUUCUCUGCGAGUUGACCAACCAGGUCGAGGUCUUCCAGGUCUCCUACAACGGCACCGGCGUCGGUUUCGCCCACACCCAGGAGCUGAGCACCUUUGGCGCCGCCUUCCCUCCUGCCAACGCUAGCACCGCUGCCGCGGGCGAGAUCGCCAUCUCCAGCGACAGCAAGAACGUCUACGUCUCCAACCGCGUCACGGGCAACGAGACCGACUCCAUCGCCCACUUCAAGGUCAAGCAGAACGCCGCGGCCGAUGGCUCCCCCUGCAAGGCCACCGCCGGCGGCAUCGAGCUCGAGUUCGUCGACUCCGUCUCCUCUGGAGGUACCAAGCCCCGCAUGAUGAGCCUGUCCAAGGACGAGAGCAUCCUCUACGUCGGCAACCAGGAUGGCCAGGACGGCAUCGUCGCCUUCGCCCGUGGCGAGGAUGGCAAGCUCACCGCCGGUGCUACGCUUUCCAAGUCGGUCAUUGGCACUGGUGAGGACUUCGGUCCCCAGUACGUCCAGCAGAUCGCUUAA